GGCCAAGGCUUUUCGUGGGAAAAAAGUCCAUGGAGAAUACGACAUAAAGGUUGAACAGGCAGAAUUUUCAGAAAUCAACUUGAUAGCCCAUGCUGAUGGCAAUUACGCCGUAGAUAUUCAAGUAUUUCGAAAUGGCACUAAAGUUGUCAGGUCCUUCAGGCCUGAUUUUGUCCUUGUUCGACAACAUUCCUUCAGCAUGGCAGAAAAUGAAGACUUCCGUAACUUGAUCAUUGGAAUGCAGUACGCAGGGAUCCCUAGUGUCAACUCCCUGGAAUCAGUCUACAACUUCUGUGACAAACCGUGGGUGUUUGCCCAGCUGGUGUCUGUCUACAAAACUUUGGGUCCAGAGAAGUUUCCUUUAAUUGAGCAAACGUUCUAUCCAAAUCACAAGGAAAUGCUAACAAUGCCAACAUUUCCUGUUGUUGUGAAGAUUGGACAUGCUCAUUCAGGCAUGGGAAAGAUCAAGGUAGACAACCACUACGAUUUUCAGGACAUAGCCAGCGUGGUAGCACUUACUCAGACCUACGCCACUACUGAACCCUUCAUAGACUCCAAAUAUGACAUCAGGAUCCAAAAGAUAGGCAGUAACUACAAAGCAUACAUGAGAACUUCCAUAUCUGGAAACUGGAAGACAAACACAGGCUCUGCAAUGUUGGAACAAAUUGCUAUGUCAGAUAAGUACAAGCUUUGGGUUGACACCUGUUCUGAAAUAUUUGGUGGCUUGGACAUCUGUGCUGUUAAAGCCGUACAUGGGAAGGAUGGAAGAGAUUAUAUUUUUGAGGUCAUGGACUGUGCAAUGCCUCUGAUUGGUGAGCACCAGACUGAAGACAGGCAACACAUAACUGAGCUAGUUGUAAGCAAAAUGAACCAAAUGUUGUCCAAAACUCCUAUACCAUCUCCUCAGAGACCCACUGCCACUCAGCAGCCUCAGAGUGGAUCACUAAAGGAGCCAGAGCCAAACAAAAUCCCACCUCAGCGACCACCACCUCAAGGGGGCCCAGUGCAACCCCAAGGAAUGCAAUCCCAAAGCCAGGAGCCAUUGCAGCCACCGCGCAUGUACCCCCCUGGGCAGUCAGCAAAGCCCUCAACCUCCCAGCCACAGCGUCCGCCUGCACCUACAACUCAGCAGCCACGUCCCCAGGCUCAAGGUCCUUCCAGCACCAGAUUAGCAAAAGAAGCCGAGCCACAGCCACAGCCAGCUCCACGGCCAGCUCCACAGCCUGCUCCACAGCCUGCUCCACAGCCAGCUCCACAACAGAAGCCUCAGUCUCAUCCACAGCUUAACAAGUCGCAGUCUUUGACAAAUGCCUUCAGUUUCACAGAGUCGUCCUUCUUCCGGUCAUCUGUGAACGAAGAUGAAGCAAAAGCUGAAACUAUUCGAAACUUGAGGAAAUCCUUUGCUAGUCUUUUUUCUGAUUAGCCAGCUCCAUCUAAAGGCACCUAGCAUAUAGUCUAAAAACUAUGUGAAUGUUCCAUAGGUUUUGUUUUCCCUGUGGCAGUACCCUUCUCUACUGUGCUAACUGUUGUAUUAAGCAAUAUGUUAAAUUUACA